GUGACGUCAUCGCAACGUUGCCGAGUGACGUCACGGCUCUGGUUGUUUAUCCAUUUCGCUUCGGGUUCGGGAACGUUCCAUAUCGGCCUCUCCGCAUAAGUCGGCCGAUUCAAACAUUUAGCGUCGAACCAGAGCGAAGUCGUCUUUGUUUGUUGUUGUUGUUUGUUUGCCGAGGAGUGUGGAGAUGGGCCGGAGCCGGAGCCGAUCGCCGUCGGCUAGACGAGGAGGCUCGCGUGAGCCACGCAAGAGGCCGGCUCGUGAGGCUCGCGACGUCCGUGAGGUUCCCCGCGAGCCACGGGAGCCACGGGAGCCAGCCAAGAGGGAGCCAGCCAAGAGGGAGCGGAGGCGGUCGCCCUCGCGCUCCUCACGGUCGCCGUACCGGCGGCGGUCGCGAUCUCCGCGUCGUCCGCGCUCCGAUUCCGUGUCUCCGACCCGUCACGCCUCUGAGCCCAUUCUCUCAUCGCCCCCUCCCAUGUCCCAGCGCAAGGUCAAGCCCAAGGAGGUGGAGGUGGAGAGUGAUCAGACUCCGGACGAGAUGGAGAUGAUGGCUACCAUGGGGUUCAGCAACUUCGAGACCAGCAAGGGUAAGCACAUGGCCGGAUCCAGCAAUGCCCACGCAGUCAACAUCUCACUCAAGCGGAAAUACCGGCAGUACAUGAACCGCAAGGGAGGCUUCAACCGGCCCCUGGACUUCAUCGCCUGAGUUGGUCACAGAGAGAAGGGGGGAGAAAAACCACCACGCCAGGAUUCACGAAUGUCGGGAAGCGACGUUGAGAAGACGUUCCCAGGAGAGAGAGAUCACCAACCUCAAGGGUUCUAUACGGGACAUGGUUCAAUACAGGACAUGGUUCAAUACAGGACAUGGUUCAGUACAGGACAUGGUUCAAUACAGGACGUGGUUCUAUACAGGACAUGGUUCAAUACAGGACAUGGUUCAAUACGGGACAUGGUUCAAUACAGGACAUGGUUCAAUACAGGACGUGGUUCAAUACAGGACGUGGUUCAAUACAGGACAUGGUUCUAUACAGGACAUGGUUCAAUACAGGACGUGGUUCAAUAAGGACGUGGUUCAAUACGGGACAUGGUUCAGUACAGGACAUGGUUCAAUACGGGACGUGGUUCUAUACAGGACAUGGUUCAAUACGGGACAUGGUUCUAUACAGGACAUGGUUCAAUACGGGACAUGGUUCAAUACAGGACAUGGUUCAAUACGGGACAUGGUUCAGUACAGGACGUGGUUCAAUACGGGACAUGGUUCAAUACAGGACAUGGUUCUAUACAGGACAUGGUUCAAUACAGGACGUGGUUCAAUACGGGACAUGGUUCUAUACAGGACAUGGUUCAAUACGGGACAUGGUUCAAUACAGGACAUGGUUCAAUACGGGACAUGGUUCAGUACAGGACAUGGUUCAAUACAGGACAUGGUUCAAUACAGGACGUGGUUCUAUACAGGACAUGGUUCAAUACAGGACAUGGUUCAAUACGGGACAUGGUUCAAUACGGGACAUGGUUCAAUACAGGACAUGGUUCAGUACAGGACGUGGUUCAAUACAGGACGUGGUUCAAUACGGGACAUGGUUCAAUACAGGACAUGGUUCAAUACAGGACGUGGUUCAAUACAGGACAUGGUUCAAUACAGGACAUGGUUCAGUACAGGACAUGGUUCAAUACGGGACAUGGUUCAAUACAGGACAUGGUUCAAUACAGGACGUGGUUCAAUACAGGACGUGGUUCAAUACAGGACAUGGUUCUAUACGGGACAUGGUUCAAUACGGGACAUGGUUCAAUACGGGACGUGGUUCUAUACAGGACAUGGUUCAAUACAGGACGUGGUUCAAUACGGGACAUGGUUCAAUACAGGACAUGGUUCAAUACGGGAUAUGGUUCAGUACAGGACGUGGUUCAAUACGGGACAUGGUUCAAUACAGGACAUGGUUCAAUACAGGACAUGGUUCUAUACAGGACAUGGUUCAAUACGGGACAUGGUUCAAUACAGGACAUGGUUCAAUACAGGACGUGGUUCUAUACAGGACAUGGUUCAAUACAGGACGUGGUUCAAUACAGGACAUGGUUCAAUACGGGACAUGGUUCAAUACAGGACGUGGUUCAAUACGGGACAUGGUUCAAUACAGGACGUGGUUCAAUACAGGACAUGGUUCAAUACAGGACGUGGUUCAAUACGGGACAUGGUUCAAUACAGGACAUGGUUCAAUACAGGACAUGGUUCAAUACAGGACAUUGUUCAAUACAGGACAUGGUUCAAUACAGGACGUGGUUCAAUACGGGACAUGGUUCUAUACAGGACAUGGUUCAAUACGGGACAUGGUUCAAUACAGGACAUGGUUCAAUACGGGACAUGGUUCAGUACAGGACAUGGUUCAAUACAGGACAUGGUUCAAUACAGGACGUGGUUCUAUACAGGACAUGGUUCAAUACAGGACAUGGUUCAAUACGGGACAUGGUUCAAUACGGGACAUGGUUCAAUACAGGACAUGGUUCAGUACAGGACGUGGUUCAAUACAGGACGUGGUUCAAUACGGGACAUGGUUCAAUACAGGACAUGGUUCAAUACAGGACGUGGUUCAAUACAGGACAUGGUUCAAUACAGGACAUGGUUCAGUACAGGACAUGGUUCAAUACGGGACAUGGUUCAAUACAGGACAUGGUUCAAUACAGGACGUGGUUCAAUACAGGACGUGGUUCAAUACAGGACAUGGUUCUAUACGGGACAUGGUUCAAUACGGGACAUGGUUCAAUACGGGACGUGGUUCUAUACAGGACAUGGUUCAAUACAGGACGUGGUUCAAUACGGGACAUGGUUCAAUACAGGACAUGGUUCAAUACGGGAUAUGGUUCAGUACAGGACGUGGUUCAAUACGGGACAUGGUUCAAUACAGGACAUGGUUCAAUACAGGACAUGGUUCUAUACAGGACAUGGUUCAAUACGGGACAUGGUUCAAUACAGGACAUGGUUCAAUACAGGACGUGGUUCUAUACAGGACAUGGUUCAAUACAGGACGUGGUUCAAUACAGGACAUGGUUCAAUACGGGACAUGGUUCAAUACAGGACGUGGUUCAAUACGGGACAUGGUUCAAUACAGGACGUGGUUCAAUACAGGACAUGGUUCAAUACAGGACGUGGUUCAAUACGGGACAUGGUUCAAUACAGGACAUGGUUCAAUACAGGACAUGGUUCAAUACAGGACAUUGUUCAAUACAGGACAUGGUUCUAUACGGGACAGGGUUCAAUACGGGACAUGGGUCAAUACGGGACAUGGGUCAAUACGGGACAUGGUUCUAUACAGGACGUGGUUCUAUACAGGACGUGGUUCUAUACAGGACAUGGUUCAAUACAGGACAUGGUUAUUUGUGCGACGGUGGUUGUGGUGGUGGUGGUGGUUAUGGUGGUGGUUGUGGUGUGAGCGGUUCUGUUGUGUUGUUGUUAUUUUAUUAAAUAAAUGAAUGG